UGCCCACUUUGUCUGUGUGGCAUUUGUACUGUUGUUGAAAUGCCAUGCUUAGAGUUUUAUCUAAAUUGGAAGCUAUCUUCCAAAUCACAGCAUGGUGUCUGUGAAACCCUCUCCAGCACCUUGUCAGCAGCUCAGAUCUGCUUUCAUGAGGCUCAUUACAACCAGAAAGGCAACGUUUGGCCAUAGGGUCUGUCUCUGCAGGAUUUAAAUGGUUGGCAAUAGAUGCCUGUUGUGGUUAUGAGGAGAGGUUUUCAAAAAGGCAUUGCAACCCCCCACCAGGUCGGCAUCCUCUAUAAACCGAAGGAGCAGCAGGAGAGCGAUGUGCAGCCUAACCCAUACCACGUGUCAAAAUGUGUCCUCCUGCCACCUUCCACAAAAGCCUAUGGGCUCAUGGACAGUUUUUAUUACAGUCCAGUAACUGUCUCAGGGGACUCAAACACUGCCUUCCUCAAGAAAUUCUGUUCUUUCAAACUACUUUUCAUUUCUACAUUUUCCUGCCUUUUCGGAAUACUGGGAGAGGGAAGUUACAACAGGUAUGUUUCACAUAAUGUGUAUUUUGGCUAAAAAUUCUCAGUUGAACUCUACUAUCUCCAACAGGUCCUGACACUUUUAGCACUCUGAGCGACUUGGACUGGUAAAAUAGUAAAGAAAUGGAAACACUUUUCAAAAAUGUGCUUAUUUAUUUCUCUGAAAUAGAUUUCUCACUUGCAGUGUUCAGUUUCAGGCAUGAGUUCUAAUGAAAGUUCACGUCUUUGUGACAGACUCUUGGCUUCCACCCUUGGCUUUGUUUCCUUUGCUAGAGUUACAUGUUUCUUCAAGUUCUACAGAAAGGUACUGUAUAGGACAUCUGGCAUCUGUGUUCAGUGAGCUGUCAUUCUGUUUUUUUACAUUCUUGUUCAUUUUAUGAAACCCUUUUCAAAGGAGGGUUAACAGUUAUUUUUUCAUCAUGCUUUGGGAUAGCCAUCCUUCCCUUUUCCCUCCUCCUCAACCCCAACCCUUCCCUCCUUCACCAUGUCUCAUUGGCUUUACGUACCAAAAGCUCUCUUUUUCCAGCCUCUUUGAACAUAGCAGGAGUGAAGAGCUAGGACCUGCUGAUGGUUUUUAUUGCUUCGAAGUUGAAGUGCCCAUCAAACAACUUGGCUGGCAGUCCGAGAUGGCACUCCUCCAACCCCGGGCACUUGCUCUCAUUUUCGUUAUACUGGCGAACGUCUCCGGGCAGCAUGAGGACAACCACAUCCCCACUCUGUGCUCUGGGCAACCUGGAAUCCCAGGAUCCCCUGGGGCACAUGGAAGCCCUGGCCAGCCUGGGCGAGAUGGACGAGAUGGGCGAGAUGCACCACCCGGAGAGAAGGGGGAAAAAGGGGAGCGGGGAGAGCCAGGUUUGUCGGGUGUAAGGGGCAUCGCUGGAGACAAAGGGGACCCUGGCGAGAAGGGAGAGCGCGGUGAGCAGGGGGAGUGUGCGGUGGCCCCAAAGUCAGCGUUCAGCGCCAAGCUGUCGGACAAACACCCUUUGGGCUUCGCUCCGGGGGAGGCUGUCCGCUUUGAUGUGGCCGUGCUCAACGAGCAGGGUGAUUACAGCGCGGAGACGGGCCGCUUCACUUGCAGGGUGCCAGGGGUGUACUGCUUCACGGUUCACGGCACCGUCUACCGCUCAAGCCUGCAGUUUGACCUGAUGAAGAACGGUCACGCCAUGGCCUCCUUCUUCCAGUUCUACGGCAACUGGCCCAAGCCGGCUUCGCUCUCUGGGGGAGCCCUGCUGCACCUGGUGCCCGGGGACCAAGUGUGGGUGCAAGUGGGCCUUGCGGAGUAUAGCGGCUUUUACUGCAGUCCGAAGACGGACAGCACGUUUGCCGGCUUCCUGGUGUACUCGGACUGGAAGAGCUCUGCUGUUUUUGCUUAGCCCGUUUCUUUUGCUCGGUGUUAAAAAUGAGUCUAUUUGAAAAAGAUGGGGAAACUGAAUAGAUUCUUUGCUCAGCGGCUAGGUGAAAUCUGAGGCUUUAGGAUUUAGUGUAAUUUUUGAUUCUUAGAGAUUG